CUCAAGUUCAAUGAUUAAUGUUUAGCGACUUUAUAUGUCAGCUCUUUAAGAAACAGGACACGAAUUGAAGUUCACCGAGGUUUCACACUUGUUCAAAAUCGCCCACAGGAGCUUGAAGUUCCGGGAUCCUUCUCGCAUGUCACCAUGGCAUUGAUAAGGAUGCUGACCAGACUGAGUGGACAUGUGCACUUGGAACAAGGUUUGGGAGCCAGUUCUCAGAGCAAGAGAUUACAGCACACUGCGACCCAUUCAUCUUCAUGCAACUAUCAGCUUCUGCCUGACUGCCUGGAGCUCAACUAUGGGGGUCUUGUAAUGCACUUUGACUACGUGUGGCUGCGAGAUCACUGCCGCUCACCUUCAUGCUACAACUCAAAAACACACCAGCGGAACCUGGACAAUGCCAGCAUUGAUCUGAACAUCAGGCCUUUCAAGAGCAGACUGGAUGAAAACAACCUCUUCCUCACAUGGCCAGAUGGUCACAUCACGCGGUACAACCUGACAUGGCUGGCCCAAAACAGCUACGAGGGCCAGAAGAGAAGUGCGAUGCAACCUCGUAUCCUGUGGAGCGCAGAUAUCUACUCCAGCGCUAAGGUGCCUUCUGCCAGUUGGGACAAGUUCAUGAGCUGCGAUGAGGAGCUGAAGAACUUCCUCAACAACUUCCUGCUUUAUGGAAUUGCCUUUGUGGAAGGCGUCCCACCAACCCUGGAAGCUACUGAAACAGCGACCCAAAGAGUGAGCCUCAUCAGGGAGACCAUGUAUGGGCGGAUGUGGAACUUCACUUCAGAUUUCUCUCGUGGAGAUACAGCCUACACAAAGCUGGCACUGGACCGCCACACAGAUACCUCAUACUUUCAAGAACCCUGCGGCAUCCAGGUGUUUCACUGUCUGAGACAUGAAGGAACGGGGGGCAGAACUCUGCUGGUGGACGGUUUCCACGCCGCUGACGCGGUCCUUCAGCGAACGCCCGAGAACUUUGAGCUGCUUUCACAUGUGCCCAUCAAACACGAGUAUGUGGAGAACCUGAGUGAGCAUCGCAACCACAUGAUCGGCAUCGGCCCCGUGAUCAACGUCUAUCCGUGGAACAACGAGGUUUACAUGAUUCGGUAUAAUAACUAUGACCGUUCUGUUAUUAACACAGUCCCUCAUGAUGUGGUGCGGCGCUGGUACACGGCUCACAGGCAGCUCUCCGCUGAACUCAGGAGACCAGACAAUGAGCUGUGGGUCAAACUCAAACCUGGGAAGGUUCUGUUCAUCGAUAAAUCUGGCGCGUUCUGCAUGGCAGAGAGUCAUUCACCGGCCUGCGGCAGCUGUGCGGAUGUUAUCUGACGCGUGACGAUGUGCUGAACACAGCCCGCUCUCUCGGCCUCCAGGCCUGAAUACCUAAUGCUAAACUACCCAAAUAACAGUGCUACACCAGCAGUUACCAAAAACAAGUUGAUUUCUCAAGCAUUAGGAUAAACAGCACACAGCAGGAUCCCAGCAGUAUUACUGAUCAUCUCAGCUCUUUUUUGAAUGAUUUUAUGAUUUGAAUGAAAGGAGUUUAUUGUAGAGGAUGAAUCUUUUGAUCCAUAACGAUUUCUUUCCACAGAAAAACAGACGGCAGUAAUAAAGAGUUUAAUUUAAAUGAUAGAUUUUUUAGAAAUGGUCAGGACACGCAGUAACUCGAGAGAAUAUGGAGUGAAACGCACAUAUUUCAAAAGAGUCGUACUAUAAAGUCUGAUUUUAAGGAGUUUAUUCACACAUCUCAGAAGAUCCUUUGUUUCGCAGAAUGAUGUUUGAAUCGUGGAAAUGUGUUAAAGGAACAGUUCUCACAAAAAUGAUAAUGUCCUGAUUAAUUACUCACCCCAAGGCCAUCCAAGGUGCAUCGGUCUUUCUUUCUUCAGCUGAAGAGAAAUUAAAGUUUUAGAGUAAAACAUUACAGGAUUUUUCACCAUCUAAUGCAAGUGAAUGGUGCUCGCUGUUGACCAUUUUUAAUGGACCAAAAUCCAUAUCAAAGUAAUCCACAUGACCCAAGCUGACAAACAGGGUUUUUUUUUUUUUUUUUAAGUGAAAUGAUCAGUCAAUUUCAGAAAAAUAAAUAAAUAAAAUUCAAUAUUUUAAACUGCAGAUGCUGGUCCAGCUCAGUCUUGUGUGACAGCACUGUAGGCAGAAAGAAGGAGCACUGUCCUAAAGUUAAAAAAAAAGAGUCAUGAAUUAAACUGAUACUGUGAACUGUUCCUUUAAACGGUUGUAAAUGAAGGGUAUUUCUCUAGGUUUGUGCUUCAACAGUGAUAUGGGAAUGCAUGCUUGAGAUAAUAUUAAAGAUCUCACAAAGCUUAAAUAUACUGUAUUGCAUUAAUCAGAGCUUUUUUUGUAAUCUGUGGCAUCUUAACAUUCUGUAUCCUAUAAACAAUGAUCUCAAAUGUAUGUACGCACAAAAAUACCAAUGGUACCU